UGGCGCUGCCUCCCAUCUUAUUCCCCGGCGGCCACUUGCUUCGGUCUCUCAACUCCGCGAUGCCGAUGGCAACGAGCAUUGGGUUGGAUCAGAAGAUCGGGAGCUCGGUUGUGAGGAUGAGCGGGCGAAGGAGAAGGAAGGGGAUCCUCAAGCACUCGACGCUUCGGCGCCGGCUCGGCGCCGGCGGAAGGAAACAGAGCCUGGCGUCGUCGUCGAAAGCUGUGGCGCAGCGGCUGGAGGCACUGAGGAGCCUCAUACCGCAACGACACAGCGGCGACAAGGAGGAGGCCUCGGCGGCCGCCGACCGGCUGUUCGAGGAAACGGCGGAGUACAUCCUGCUGCUUAGGACCAAAGUGGCGGUGCUGAAGAGGUUGGUGGACGUCUACAGUCCCGGAAUCGCCGUGAAGAACGACGGAGACUGUGCGUGAGAAAAUGGUAUACAUAUCAGGAAGUGGUGAAAUGAUUGAGCACCAAGGAAUUGGUUAUUCUUCCUUUGUCGUGGCUUCUUGUUAAAUGUUGCGAUGGAUCGCAGGUGUUCUUACCCAACUCUGGCAGAUUCUAUUGCGAUCUCCGUGUCCACAUCCCGAAUCAGAAAAUUAGCUUCUUGUACUCAUUUUUUUUUAGUGAUCUGUUCAUUGCAAUUACCAUCUCUGCACAUGGCAAUCGAGUGGAUGAGGUUACAAAAAAUUAUGAAAAAGUUAAGAAUACUCCCCAUUCAAAAUUCACAUUUAUUUCGAUUUAUAUAUUUC